CGUCCAUCGUUCUCUCAUCGACAUCCAUGCCGGACGUCGAUGACCCUUAAUUUUUCCAAAACUUGUUUCCAAUUACUUUUUGACUUCAUACGUCGGGACCCUUACUAAAGAGUGACACGUUGCCCAGAACGUAGAUAGAUCUCUGGCCCGCCCAUCCGGUGAAACGCAACACCUGGCUGCAGCAUAGACAGUCACUCCGCCUCAUAUUCUACGGGGGAAAAGGUCCUCCAAAGAGGAAAUAAGGAAACCCUCCCCCGCCCGCGUUUCUACGCAAAUGUCUGGAGACAUCCCCGCGAACGGCACCUCGGCCGCCCCCGGGGCUGGGGCCGGCAGCGGCUCGGACCUGUCGAACGGCGUUGGCGGGCUGUCGCUUGCGACGCGCACCGUCCACGCCGACGACGGCAUCAGCGCCCACCGCGCCGUCGCGCCGGCCAUGCACGUCUCCACGACGUUCAAGUACAGCCGCAACCCAGACGAGCUGCAUUCAGGGGGUAAUGUCGACCCCUCGGCCCCAGGCGACUCGCACAUCUACUCGCGCUACUCGGCCCCAAACACAACCCGCUUCGAGGCCAUCCUCACCUCGGUCCUCGGUGGGCCCUCACUGACCUACUCGUCCGGCCUUUCGGCCUUUCACGCCAUGCUAGUCCACCUGAACCCGAAGCGCGUCGCCAUCGGCGGCGGCUACCACGGCUGCCACGGCGUCAUCAAGAUCCUUACCAAGCUCAACGGGCUGAAGCAGCUCGAGCUCGACGAGGCGUCGCUGGAGCAGCUCGAAGCUGGCGACGUGCUGCACGUCGAGACGCCGCUCAACCCGACGGGCGAGGCUCGCAAUCUGGCGUACUUCAAGGAGAUCGCGGAGCGCAAGGGUGCAUACCUCACGGUGGAUGCCACGUUCGCACCGCCGCCGCUGCAGGACCCAUUCCGGCUCGGCGCGGAUAUCGUGAUGCACUCCGGGACCAAGUACUUUGGCGGCCAUUCGGAUAUGUUGUGCGGCGUGUUGGCCGUCCACCCGAAGCACGCGGAGAAGUGGGUGCAGAACCUGGUCCUGGAGCGGUGCUUCAUCGGUGGCGUGAUGGGGAGCAUGGAGGGUUGGCUGGGCGUGCGGUCGAUGCGGACGCUGGAGCUGCGUGUGGAGAGGCAGUCCCGCUCGGCGACGGAGCUCGUCCGCUGGCUCGACGGAGAGAUCCGGCGGAACCCCGCUGGCGUCGUGGGCAGCGUUGUCGACAGAGUCGUGCACGCCAGCCUGCAGAAGGAGGACCUAGCGGAUGGUCAGGGGUGGCUGGCGAAGCAGAUGCCAGGAGGGUUUGGCCCCGUGUUCGCGAUGCUGCUCAAGGACGCUGAGGACGCUAGGAGGUUGCCGAGCAAGAUGGAGCUGUUCCACCAUGCAACGUCGCUGGGUGGUGUCGAGAGCCUGAUCGAGUGGCGCGCAAUGAGCGAUAGCGGAUGCGACAAGAGGCUGUUGAGGGUCAGCAUCGGCGUCGAGGGGUGGGAGGAUCUGAGAGAUGACUUGGUGCAGGGCUUCAAGGAGUUGGCGGAGGAGAAGACGAAAAGGGUCUAAGAACCGUCUGUCCGCUCAACGAUAUAAUGUUCUGAAAUUACCUAAACCGUAAACAACUCACAUUAUUUGAGAGGUGGUAGGAACCAUGCCAACCCAAGUUAUCUAUGCAUGAUCGGAUUCCCCUUGCAUCCUUUGGAACGAUGAGGGCUCUUUUGGUCUAGAAAGAGACAUGUUGUUGUCCAUUCUGUGAGGAUAGGUAUACACUUUGGCAAGGGCCAAAGUCAAUCAGAUAUAUCGCCAGAGCAAAUUAAAGUCGGUCACUA